CCGCAUAGUCUGAUGAAACUUAUCUCCGCCGUCGUGGCAUCAUGUCCACGCGAGCCAGCACUGCAGAUAAAGACUGCCCCAAGUGCCGAACUCGUCGCAUCAAAUGCGACCGGUCGAUGCCCGCUUGUCGGAAAUGCACUUCACGGGGAUAUUCCUGUCCUGGCUACAGCCGCAUCCUGAAAUGGAUUCAAGGGGUCGCCAGUCGAGGCCGACUGGCGGGUAGGCAGCUGCCUAUACCUCCUCAUCUGGCGGUGGCAUCGACGGUGGCAUCGGAUGCAUCUGUGACAACAUCCGAACUCAUGCAUCAUUACCAUCGGAACGUGUCCACGAGGCUGGCUUGGGUGGACGGCCCGACCAACCCAUGGAGACUUGUCAUCAUCCCGCUGGCCGGGACAUCGCCAACGGUCCUACAUGCCGUUCUGGCGCUGUCGUCGGAAGACCUGGCGGCUAGAUUCCCGCCGGAGCAUCCGCGCCGUCAACUACUCCAAGCCGUCUCCGUGCGUCGCCGGAAUCAGGCAUUGGCCUCGGUGGCGCAGCUGAUUCGUCGCAUGAGGGAGGGCUCCUCCAGCGAGGCACAGUGUGCACUCGCCGCAACCCUGAUUCUGUAUAAUGUGGAAUUACUCGGCGCCGCGUCCGCCAAGUGGUGGAUGCAUCUGGAGGCGGCGCGUGUGAUCCGUCAAUGGAAGGAGCAUGCAUCACACGGGCGCUCGGAGAUUGAUGCUUUUCUUGUCUACGAGCAGUACUACGCAAGUGUUUUCGCCGGACUUACGACGUUUAAUACACUGAAUGAGUGUGAGACGUAUGCCGACAGCAACGCUCUCUUCGGCGACUUUGUCGACAUCAUCAACCAGGUGACGCGCAUUGAGCGAAGGCAAUAUAAUCAGCCCUAUGCCAGUGAUUCUUCAUUACUCGAUACGAUGGUGCAAGACGUGGAGGCCGCCAAGACUCGCAUGCAUGAACGGGACCUCGUGCUCUGCUGGCAGACGGAGGAUGCGCGGAUCAGUUUCCAGCACCUGGUGUGGAUUUUCUACUACGCUUGUCUAAUCUAUGUCUAUCACGUGUUGGCCAGCUCGUAUCCCCUUCCGUGUUGGAGAGAUUCGAUCUUGACCCACCUGGCCCUGAUUCCUGACAAACGCGCGUUUGCGCAAGAUCUGGUGUGGCCGCUGUUUAUCGCGGGUACUGAGUGCCGGGAAUGCCCGGAGAAACAGGAAUUGGUCGCCCACGAACUCGAAUUGGUGAUGGAAAUCAGUGGCACAUUGGACCGACGCAACGUGUUGUCGUUUCUGCGGCAAUAUUGGUCGGAAAGCAGCGGCACAUGGAUCCAACUGAUGAGACGGUCGGAGCGGCGGAUGCUGAUUCUGUGAUCAUACCACGCCGGAUGUCUCGAGCAUAUCUUCCACCGUUCUGCCAGAACGCUUGGCUUCUUUUCGGACUGGACGAAACCGGAUGCGCCAGAUGAUGUGGCUCGUGUAGAUGCCCAUUUCGAGGAUCACACUGUUCAUUAGCAGAGACCCACCUCUCCCACCAAAGACAACUUACACGACAAGAUACAUGAUGCCACCGAGAAUAUCAAACGAUCCUUGCGCUACUGCUCUCGUUAGGAUUCCUGCAAAUCUUUCUUGGAUUGUAUCUUACCCAGCGCAAACAGCGAAAACAAUCCUCCCAUGGUAUCAAUACCCAAAAAGACCCAAUCUACACCCACCGUCAGCACCACUCACCAACUAAAACCAUGAAAACAUACUAAUCCCAACCACCCGCCCCCGUCUCUUCCACAACUCAACAUAAAUCGGCAACACGCCCGCCGCCAACAGAACCGUAGCAAUCGCCCCGACGAGAAUAUCCG